CCCUGAAAUGAGUACAGUAACUGCAGAUCAAAGGUUGAAGGCCCUUCCCUUGGUAUGAAGGAAUAUGGUAGGACAAAGCUUAUCCUGGGCUGUUCAGGAAACACCUGGGUUUGCUACCUGUGUACACAUGCUAAGGGGUUAAAUUAGCUAGGGUGGAGACUGAGGUUCCAUACCAGUGCCUUUGAUAAAGUAUCCUGGGACAGAGAGAGAGAGAGAGAGAGAGAGGGAGGGAGAGGGAGUUAUCUCACACAAUUUUAGCCAACUAGGGGAAUUACUGCCAAUUUAGGGGAAGGUCCUGGCUGGAUGCCCAGCCAAAGCAUACAGGAGACUUCAACUGGGGAAGCACACACCCUGCUCUCUCAAUUUGCAAUUCCUGGGUCAGGAACUAACUUCAGGAAACAAGAGGAAGACAGAAGAAAGGAGAGAAGUGCAGCUGUCCGAAAGGAGAGGAGAGCUGGUAGGUGGCCAUGAAGUUUUACUCCCCUACUAGGAUUUGGCCCAAAAGGAAUUAAAGGAAGCAGCACCACCUCUUUUUUGGGGGGGGGACAAGGAGUGGGUCAUAUUUGACUACAAUAUCUUUUGCUUCCAGGUGAUGGAUCUUGAAUCAGGGCCAGGAGAUUUUGACCCCACGCACCCCAAGCGAGCAACCCUGGAGGAGAUUGAAGGGGUCCCUUUCCCCAAUACAUUACGCGAGCACUGGGGUACCAUACAGGGCUUUAAAGCCCGACCUGACGAUCUUCUCAUCUGCACUUACCCCAAAGCAGGUAAAGGGGUUCAUAAAGAGAGAAAUAAGGAAAACUGAGCAUGGCAGAGGGGAGAUACUAAGGGAACAUAAGGGAUGGUGGGACACUGGAUGAAUGGUGGUGGUGCUUAAUUUGAGCAGCAGCAUAAAAGACAGUUCAAAACAAAUUUCAAUCACAAGACUAUCAUGGGUCCUAUAACAUACCUACCUGCAAAUAUAGUAGGGGCUGUGCCCCUGCUUGCUUGCUCGCCAACCCCCUGCCAUCCCCCCAUUAACACCCUAGAGCUUCCUCUUCCCACUCCACUACUAACUACUAAGCUUUGCCACUUUCCUCUGGCAGGGACCACCUGGAUCCAGCAAAUAGUGAGCAUGGUUCAGCAUAGAGGUGACCUGGAGAAAUGUAAUCAGAAACCCAUCUAUGAGCGGAUGCCCUUCAUAGACAUGCCUCCUAUGAAACCUUUUGUUUCUGGUGAGUAGUGGGUACUGUUUAACUUUUGGGAAGAGAGCGGUGAGGGUAGAGUGAAGGGCUUAUCAUCAUGAGGCUGGAUUGUGCCCUCUGUUCUUUCAGGUGUUGAACAGGCAGACCUAAUGCCCUCUCCACGUAUACUCAAAAGUCACCUCCCGGUUCAGCUCCUUCCUGCUUCUUUUUGGGAACAGAAAUGCAAGGUCAGGAUAAUUCACCAGGGUGAGGUUGAUGAAAGGGCAAGGUUUAAUCUAAACCAAUGUUAAUCUCUCAGUUCUGUUGUUUUGAUAUUCUGGCACGAAGCCAUGAUCACGUGGAAUUGUCACCAAAAGAGAGGAUGUUUCAAGAGCACGGGUCUCUUCUUUUUGCCCUCAUCGUCUUGCUUUUGCUUUUAUCACGGAAUAAUUUCAGCUUCUAGACUUUGAUAUUUUGAGUAGUGGGCUGGCCUUGUGUGAAUUUGUCCUUCCAGACCAGCUUUGAGCCUUCAUAACCUCUUUCCACUAAAAGGAAUUAAACACCAGCACAAUCCACAUGAGGUGGUUGGUGGGUUGGUGGUAUGGCUGCUUCUUGUUUCAUUCCACUGAGCAAUGAACAAACGAACGAAUAACACACACUCUCCAACCCAACCCAAAUAAUAUUCUUACUAAAAAUCGCAUCACAUGGGCUUCCAUUUAAGAACCAUCACUUCAUUUAAUGUUUAAAAGCAAGGCAUAGGUAACUGCUGGCAAAAUGAGGGGAGUACAGAUUGGAGCUGAGAGGGUGAGCGAGAGGCCUGGCGCUCGGACUUCUCUGUCAUCUUUUCUUUCGGAUGUAUUUCUGCAGGUCAUAUAUGUGGCCAGAAAUGCCAAGGACAAUGUGGUCUCCUAUUUCUAUUUCCACCACAUGAGCAAGAUAAUGCCAGAGACUGGAACCUGGAAUGAGUUUCUGGAGAAUUUCGUUGCUGGGAAGGGUGAGUGGAGGAGGCGAAGAGAUGGGAGGAAAGAAGACAUUACCCUCAAGAGCCUUCCUAAGGCCAGGGAAAGAGGCCAGGAUCCCUGGGCUCAGUUUUCAGUGAUGUGAUGAGAAUGGGCCUACUGAGAUACCUGUGCAGUGGUGGUUAUUGCACUCUAUGCUACAAUCCUUUUGGAUGAAGAUCAGUUUUUAAAUUUAAAAAUAAACAGAAACAUAAAUGUACCGCAGAAGGAGAAGAUUACCUGAAUCCACAAAGCCCCUCACUAUAUUCUUUCCUACCUUGAUAUUAGGUAGAAACGGGGGGGGGGUAUUGUUUUUGAUUUGUACUAUGUUAUGCAUUUUUGUGUGAUCCCCAGGUGAAGGGUGAUGUAGAAAUAUGUUAAAAAAUAAUAAAUAACUAAAAUAUAGUCUGUGUAUCAGGACACAGGGAGGAAGAUGUGAGACGAAUCUGAGAUGCCAUGUUCACUUUCUACUGGUCCAUUUUUUUUUGCAGUUGCCUGGGGCUCUUGGUCCGACCAUGUUCGUGGUUGGUGGGAGGCCAAGGACCGUCACCCAGUCCUCUACCUCUUUUAUGAAGAUAUGAAAGAGGUAAGAAGCCAGUGUGGUGUAGUGGUUAAGAGCGGCAGUCUCGUAAUCUGGGGAACCGGGUUCGCGUCUCCGCUCCUCCACAUGCAGCUGCUGGGUGACCUUGGGCCAGUCACACUUCUCUGAAGUCUCUCAGCCCCACUCACCUCACAGAGUGUUUGUUGUGGGGGAGGAAGGGAAAGGAGAAUGUUAGCCGCUUUGAGACUCCUUAAAGGGAGUGAAAGGCGGGAUAUCAAAUCCAAACUCUUCUUCUUCUUCUUCUUCUCUCUCUCACACACACACAAACACACACACAUCUCAAAGACGGUACUUUCUGACGGCAGUGCCACAGUCUAGAAAGAAAGAAAUAUGAGGGGGGCACUUAGGCGUUUCCAAAAAACAACAUGCAUCACAAAAAAGAGGACAUUGAUUUGCAUACAAUGUGGACAUGCUGGUGUAUAUGCAUAGUUGCAAAUAUUUAAACAAUUACUGUAAUUUAAAUAGCAACACAGUUAUAACUCACCAUUGCGAGGAAGACUGUAAUCGGGCGGACUUUGCUCAGUCUGCUGUUCUGAUGCUGUUGAUGGGCAUCUUCAAGGCCCCCACACUCCUUUCUUGUGUUUCUCCAUCUUCCACCUGGACUUGAGCCAGACAGCCUUUCGGCUAGAGGACUGCCCUCUGUUAAGUAGGAGACACAGCCUCCCUAAAGUCAGGGAGGUGCCUUAAGGUAAACUCUAUCACUAACAGGCCGAAUCUUCCUUCCCAUUUUGUCUUUCUCUCCUUAGGACCCAGCCCGGGAAAUCCGAAAAGUGAUCCAAUUUAUGGGCCUAGAACUCCCAGAAUCAGUUCUGAACCAGAUUGUGGAGCACACAAAGUUUGAGAGCAUGAAAGCAAACCCGAUGGCUAAUUACAGCACCCUGCCCUCCUCUCUCGUGGACCAUACUGUGUCACCCUUCAUGAGAAAAGGUGAGAGAAAACAGGUCUUAGGGGACCGUUUGGAGAAUUUGCAGAAUGCAGGAGGGGGAGGGAGUGUUGUCCCAUUCUAAAUGGGGCAAAAGCAAAGUCCAGAAGUUAUUUCUUUUUAUUGGGGUUAGGAACUGGUUUUGGCUUCUUGUUCGACAAUAUCAGAAGUGUAGAAGCAAUUGCCAAGCAUGGAACAGGGGGCUGGGGAGAUGAGAAAUGUUAUUUGUUAGGUGAGGUCAAACAUAAAAGGCCACCCUGUAAGACAAUAAAAUUACCAGGAUCUGAAAUUACCUAGUGGUUCUGCUCUUGCUAGGAGGGUAACAGUAAGACUCAGCAGGCUGUGUUUGCUUUGGAACAUUUCCCAGGUGCUCUGCAGUGAACUGCAAUUGUGGCAGAAGUUCAGGGUCCCAUAAAGACAGAGUAUGAAACGCAAGACUGCUAGGAAAGGCGCCUGGCAAAACCAGGCUGUCAAUGUUUUUCUUUUCUGACCUGGUUUCCCACCUGCAGGCACUGUUGGAAACUGGAAGAAACACUUCACAGUGGCUCAGAGUGAAUGGCUAGAUGACACCUGCGCUCAGUUACUGAAGGGCAGCGGCUUGAACUUUCGCACAGAGCUAUAAACGCACCUCUAUGCCCCACAUCAGAAUUUUCACAACAACAGGCCUGGAGUGCUGACUUGACCUGCAUUCAGUGCACUACAAGACUGAAGUCACAAGCAAGGCCUACCCAAAAUGAAUUUUGUGGGCAUGGUUCCUGUUCCAUUUUAGAAUUUGUGGCUGUCCUUUGCUUGCUUUUGCAAAGUAAAUAAACAAAUAGGUUUGCUCUGUUGCCAUGCUUGCUUUUCUCCAUGUUCAGAGAAUAAGCCCUUACAGAACACAAAUAACCCCUCCUCUGAAAGUGCUAUUUGCACUGGUCGGAAAUCCUCAUUUCCAAAAGAGAGACCAUAGGCUGGAGUUCUGGCUGUUCUGCUUGCCUUAGGGCAGGGAUGGGGAACCUGUGCCCCCCCCCCCCGAUGUUGCUGGAUUACAACUCCCAUCAUCCUUCACCAUUGACAAUGCUGUCUAGGGUUGAUAGGAAUUGGAGUCCAACAACGUAUG